UAGUGGAGAAAGGGCAGAUAAAAGGAGGGGAGGCCAGCGAUGGGGAAGAGGGCGCUGGGCUCCUCCGCCAUCCCGAAAGCAGCUCUUGAGGAGGGGGGCGGAGCAGAGACGGACCAAUCCGGUAAAAGCGCGGGUCCUUUUGAAUGUUAGCAGGUCCAAUGGCUGCCGGUCGGACGGUAUAAAGGCCGCAGGGUUCGGCGCGGGGCACUGCAGUCUCCGCGGACUCUCCUUGUUGUGAGCAUGGCGCGCACGAAGCAGACGGCCCGCAAGUCCACCGGCGGCAAGGCCCCGCGCAAGCAGCUGGCUACCAAGGCCGCCCGCAAGAGCGCGCCGGCCACCGGCGGCGUGAAGAAGCCGCACCGCUACCGGCCCGGCACCGUGGCGCUGCGCGAGAUCCGGCGCUACCAGAAGUCCACCGAGCUGCUGAUCCGCAAGCUGCCGUUCCAGCGCCUGGUGCGCGAGAUCGCGCAGGACUUCAAGACCGACCUGCGCUUCCAGAGCUCGGCCGUGAUGGCGCUGCAGGAGGCCAGCGAGGCCUACCUGGUGGGGCUGUUCGAGGACACCAACCUGUGCGCCAUCCACGCCAAGCGCGUCACCAUCAUGCCCAAGGACAUCCAGCUGGCGCGCCGCAUCCGCGGGGAGAGGGCGUAAACUGCUACGAGAGUGAUCGCUGAACCCAAAGGCUCUUUUCAGAGCCACCCAAGUUUUCCUACGAAAGAAGCUGUGAUGCAUUCAAUUUAUUUACAUGAUACCUUCAAUAAGCUCAAGGGGUUGCCAACUUUGGGUAGACAGGUUUUCAUGUAUCUAGAUUUGGGCACCAGUUCCCUAGUUUACAGAUAUUUCAGGCUGCAUCACGUCUGUAACUAGUAAGUCUUUUGUCAAAUUUCUUUACUAAGUGUAGAUGUGUGCUGUUUUUUUCUCCUGGCUGCCGCUGAAGGGUUUCAACACAGACAAUGAUGGGUGU